AUGGCGGAGGAGAAGCUGCCGUGCCCGACGCCGUCGUGGUCAGACAUCCCGCUGGAGCUGGCCGGCCUGGUGCUCCACCUCCUCCCCGCGUACGUCGACCGCGCCCGCUUCGGCGCGGUCUGCCCGCAGUGGCGCGCCGCUGCGCGGCAGCUCGCCGCGCCACCGCCGGUGCCGCUGCUCGCUCUUCCCGACGGCACUUUCUACAGCCUCCCCUGCACGGAGCCCUUCCGCUUCGCCGGUUGCGGCUUCGCUGGGUUCAAGAGCGCCUGCGGCAGCUGGCUCGUCUUCCCGCGUCACGACGGAUGCUUCCUGGUGAACCCGUUCUCCAGGGCCACUGUGAGGCUUCCUGCUCUGUCCAGCGUCCGUCCCAGUUGCCUCCCUAGCGGCGCUGGUUUUAAGCCUGUGGAAUCCCUUACCCGCAUAUGGCCGCGCAUCAAGAACAGGAAACACCAGCUGAACAAGCUAACCUUCUGCUCGCCCAACCUUGUCGCUGCAUUCGUCAACCGCCAUGGCCGUGGUCAGAUUCUAGUGUGCCAGCCGGGGGCUUCCUCGUGGUCGUCGGUUCCAGCCCACCACACGUUCAAGGGGUUCCAAGACAUGGCCUUCUACAAGGGCAAGAUCUACAUGCUCUCUUACCACGAGCAUCUCUCCGUCGUGGACAUCAGCCAGGACCAAGCCACGGGAGAUCCACAGGUUUCUCGAAUCGUACGGGUCAUCAACGGUAAUGCAUUCCCUUGGUUACUGCCCCAAAACAACAUUUAUGUCCAUAAGAAGCUCUACCUGGUCGAAUCACAUGGUGGCGGUGGCGCGCUGGUAAUGGUGCGCAGGCAGGUUUGCUGCCGAUGGAUGCUUGGUAGAUACGUGGUUGUAGGCAACAAGUUUGAUGUGUUUGAGGCUGGCCACCUCAAGCGCCCAGCAGGUUCAGAUGGGUGGGUCAACAAGACGACCUUGGGGGAUGACGACCAGGUUCUUUUUCUCGGCCGAAGGUGCUCCCAGCUGCUGGCUCCUGCCUCUCGGUACGGCUUGCUGAGAGACCGCAUCUGGUUCUUGGAUGACGAUGAAGACUCUUUCAAAGGCUACUGUUACGAGGAGGAGGAGGAGAAGGCUUCCAUCCGCGUCUACGAUAUGACUGCCCAACUGGUCUCGCCUCCUCUGCCAACAGUCUCAUGGAAGCGCCACGGUAUGUGCCUUGCCACGUGGCUACUACCUCAAGACUCAACUUGA